AUGAGAGUUAAGAGAUCGCGCCAGUUUUCAAAGGUCCUCUCAGUGUAUGCCCGAUGCUUUGGUCUAGAUGUAAAAAACCUCGAAGUUUUCUUAGAUCACACUUUUGUUAGACAAGCCUUACUGAACCACGUCAAUAUUUACGACAGCAUUUCCAACUUGGUUGGGCGCGGCUUUAGACUCAUGACUUCCUCCUGCGUCAUCGCUGAAUGUCGUGCUCUCGGGUCGCUAUUUUAUGGCACUCUCAAAAUUCUUGAAGGAUUUAGUGUACUCAAGUGUCGGCAUGAAUACAACCCUUCUCUUGGCCACAGCCAACGCUUUGGUAGAUUAAAUAAGGGUGAACGGUGUUUUCUUUUCGCGCUGGCAUCAAAUGACUCCGACUUACGGUAUCGUGAGCGAGAAGUCCCCGGAAUGCCCGUCAUGUUCAUCGCCCAACGCUGCCUUAACACUGAACCCAUUCCAGAAACAACUCAACAACUUGUCGAAAAAUUAACAUCCCAAAAAAGACUCCAUCAAAUUGAGGCAAAAUUUGGAUUGCAAAAGGACAUUGACAUCCAAAAGAAGAAAAAGAAACGAGGCGUAUCUGGGCCGAAUCCUCUAUCCUGUCGCAAAAAAGCGACCACCGCCAAAGUAAUCGUCUCCGCUUCAGAUGAAAAACCCAUACGAUGGAAGAAGCGCCAACGUGCUCUACGAAAAACGUGGGCAAUGUGCCAGGUUCUUAACCAUCUUUCCGGACAGCAGCCAUCUAUUGUGAAUUCAUAG